AUGAUAAAACCAAAAAAUCCGACCCGUAAUAGUUUGAAUUCCCGUCACAAAGGAUUCACUCGACAAGAAUGAAAUUUGAUAAUAAGACGAAAUGACUUUGAUAAUGUUUCUAAACUACGGCUAAGAAAUAGUCUAAUUAGUGGAAUUCCGGAAGAGCUAAGAGGAGAUAUUUGAGCAUUUCUAACUAGAGCAAGCCAGCUAUUACAGCAGUUUUCAAAUGGUGUUUAUAGCAGGCUAAUAGAAAACAUUGACCCGUCAGUAUCUAAUAUAAUUCAAAAAGAUCUUCAUCGAACAUUCCCUGAACAUCUUUUAUUUCGAGAAAAAGGUGGAAUAGGCCAACAAAAAUUAUGCAAUAUUUUAUAUGCUUAUGCGAACUAUGACCCUGAUAUCGGGUAUUGCCAAGGAAUGGGAUUUAUUGUCGGAUGCUUAAUCAUUCAUAUAAAUCAAGAAGAAUUAGCUUUUUGAGCUUUCGUUCAAAUCAUGUUUGAGUAUAAUUGAAGAUUGAUGUUUAAGUAAAAAUCAUAUAGACAAGGGACACCAAAGCUGAUUAAUAUGAUAAAUAACACCACAAAAACCAUAAAAUCAAGAUUUCCUGAUCUAUCAAAACAUAUUGAUGAAAAUGAUUUAACGCUCGUUUCUUGCUUUGCGCAGUAUAUGAUUACGAUUUUUUUAUAUGACACACCAUUUGACAUUUCUGUUAGAAUUUUUGAUUUAUUUUUGCUUGAGGGGGAAAAACUGAUGCAUAGGCUGCUGUCAAAGAUGCUAGAAUUAAAACGAGAAAAGAUUUUAGAGCUGCAAGGAGUCGAGCUCUAUCAGUUUUUAAGAGGAAGGAUGGUAAAAGAAUGUUUCGAGGAAUAUCACUUGUCGACGUUAUUUUCAGCUUUUAGAAAUGAUCAGGAAUUCGAACUUAGUGAGCUCGAUUAG